AUGGACGACAUAGCCGCUCCACCACCGCCUCCCCCGGCGCAGGUCUUUGCGACCCACCAGCCCUGCACGUUUUACAACGGCGAGGGGUGCGGUCACAACCUUCCCUGGCUCAUUGUCACCUCCGGAGGGACUAUGGCGACCCGCAGUUCGGCGCUGUACUGUCUCGUGCCCGUCGACAAGACCGGCCGUGCCGUUCACGGCCUUCCUCCCAAGCAACUCUUCCAUCCGUCUGUGCGCUUCCUCGACCAGCGUUUCAUCCUCGACUGCGUCAUGGAAGGUCGCUGGCUGGACAUUGAUGCGUACGACGUCAUGCUCGUGCCCAACAAGUCCACCGUGUUCCAAUUCACUGAGUUGUCGCGCUAUCCGCACCACGAGGUCAACUUCCCAUCGUCCCCCACCAGGUCCAACUCGUCCAACAACCCGCCGCGCCGUCUCCUUCACUAUGACGUGCAGAACGACAACGACCGCCACCGCAUCUACGAGUUUGGUCCAUCGACAGACCACACCAGCGGUGGACGCAGCGUCACUCUGCGGUACGACAAGGCCCCCGACAAGCGUUCCCGCAACGGCGACCACCAGGACGAGUAA